CACGGGGCAUGAGUCAUGUCCCGGGCCUAGAGUGCAUAGCAGCUGCUGCCUGGCCCCUUCCAUCUCCCUCUGCCUUUGGAGGCUCCCCUUUGUCCUGCCCCAGGUGCCACUCCCUCACCCACCAUGAGCCUGGAGAUUCAGUGUGAGGAUCUGAGCAGUGCCCGCUGGACGGAGCUCCUUCCGUCUAUGCAGCAGUAUGGCAUCAUCAGGCUUGAUGACUGCGGCCUCACGAAUGCCAUGUGUGCCAACAUCUGCUCCGUGCUUCAGGCCAGCUCAUCCCUGACGGAGCUCAGCCUGGCCAAUAAUGAGCUGGGAGACGCGGGGGCCCAGUUGGUACUGAAGGGGCUCCAGAGUCCCACCUGCAAGAUACAGAAACUCAAUCUGCAGAACUGUAGCAUCACGUGUGCCGGCUGUGAACUGAUCCCAGCCCUGCUCCACACAAAGUCUACCCUGACAGACCUUCAGCUGAGUGACAACCACCUGGGUGACGAAGGCAUGAAGCUGCUGUGUGAAGGCCUGAUGGACCCCCGGUGCAGCCUGCAGCGGCUGGAGCUAGAAUACUGUGAGUUCACCGUGACCAGUUGUGAAGCUCUGUCUGCGGUGCUCAGGACCAAGGGCUCCCUUCGGGAGCUGACCCUGAACAACAAUGAGCUGGGGGAGGCGGGUGUAGCCCUUCUUUGCCAAGGCCUGAUGGACCCCAACUGUGAACUGCAGGUCUUGAAACUAGAGGGCUGCAGUGUCACCUCUGCUAAUUGCAAGGACCUCAGCUUGGUCUUACAAACCAAAGAAUCCCUGCAGGAGCUGUGCCUGGGAGAAAACAAGAUUGGAGAUGCAGGGUUGGAGCAGCUGUGCCAGGGGAUCCUGAGCCCAGCCUGCAACCUGAAGACCUUGUGGCUGUGGGAGUGCGACAUCACAGCUAAGGGCUGCAGGGCCCUCGCGCAGGUCCUGAGGAGCAAACCCUGUUUGACGAAGCUGAGUCUGAUCUGUAACCAGCUGGGCGAUGAAGGGGCCAAGCUGUUGUGCCAGGCGCUGCUGGACCCCGGCUGCCAGCUGGAGGAGCUGUGGCUGAGAACAUGCGGCUUCACGGGGGACAGCUGCGCCAGCUUCUGCACUGUGCUGGAAAAGAAUCGGACCCUGAAGGAGCUUCAGCUGAGCACCAACACGUUGGCAGAUGCGGGCGUCAAAGAAAUGAGCAAGGGGCUUCUGCACCCUGACUGCCCUGUCCAGAGUCUCUGGCUGGGUGAUUGUGAACUCUCGGAUGAGUGCUGUGGGACCCUGGCAUCCGUCCUCCUCACCAACCGCACCCUGAAGGAGCUGGACCUCAGCAACAACAGCAGGAUUGGCGACCAGGGCAUCAGGCAGCUGGUGGCUAGCCUCAAGGAGCCCAGCUGCACCUUGGAGCAGCUGGUCCUGUUUGACAUUUACUGGACAGAGGAGGUGGACAAUGAACUGAAGGCCCUGCAGGAGGUCAAACCUAGCCUUCGCAUCACGUCGUGAGGGAGGCUGGGCGGCCUCUCCAGCUUCCGGCCCUGCCCAGCCCCACCCGCCAACCCCCUGCUGUCCCCUGGGGUGGGGCCCAGGAGGAGGAGGGCCUUGGGGGCAGGAUGGGGGGGCUCCUGCUUGUCUAAUCUUUAGACUCUGAAUAGCUGCCUCCUCGAGGCCCCAGCACUUUAAAUCUCAUCUUUUUGCCCCAAACUUCCCACUUUAAUAAAGCAUCUUUUGGACGGUCUAA